AUGUACGUCUCGAACCACGAGGAGCAUGAAGAGGACUUGCACAUGCCAGCUGAGCUGAUAAUGAAAACAGAGGUCAAGCAAGUUCAACAUGAUGUACAAGCAUUGACAUCUCGUAUCUUGGAAGGGCAGGCUAUGGAGUUACAGCAUGAGGAUCGGCUCAAACAACUUUUGCAAGAGUCAUUACCUAGGCAUCGGAGACCCGACCAGCGGCCACAUUUUGCUCCAAAUGUCCCAGAUGAUGACUAUGAUGAUGGGGCGAGCAAUGAAGUGGUCUCCAAUGCUACUUGGAGGAGGGCUAGGGCUAUCAGACCCGAAAGGCCAAGGCAUGUUCAAAGGCAACACCGAGAAAGGGAAGCCGUAGAUCGUAACAUGGGCACCAUCAAGCUGUCCAUUCCUCCAUUUCAAGGUAAAAAUGACCCUAAUGUUUAUAUUGAAUGGGAGAGGAAAGUUGAGCUGGUAUUUGAUUGUCACAAUUACUCAGAGGAGAAGAAAGUGAAGCUUGCUGCGGUGACUUUUACCGACUAUGACAUUAUAUGGUGGGAUCAGCUGACCCUGAGUAGACGUCGAAACCGUGAGCUUCCCAUCGACAAUUGGGAGGAUAUGAAAGUCGUUAUGAGAAGAAGGUUUGUUCCAUCUCACUAUUAUCGGGACUUACAUUUGAAAUUGCAAAGUCUGAAGCAGGGGUCCAUGACUGUGGAAGACUACCACAAGGAGAUGGAGAUAGCCUUGAUACGGGCUAACAUUGAGGAGGAUCGAGAGGCGACCAUGGCUCGGUUCAUUUGUGGCUUGAACCGUGAGAUUGCCAAUAUUGUUGAGCUGCAUCACUACGUGGAGCUUGACGAUGUGGUACACAUGGCAAUGAAAGUUGAAAGACAACUCAAGAAAGGAGUGCGAUCAUCUUCCAAGUAUGAGGCUGCGAGUUUAUCCCCUUGGAAGCAGAAGUGGGGACCAUCAAAACCAACUGAGAAAGCAGUUUCAAAAUCAAAGGGAGAGACGAAUGUGGCCAAGACACAAUCUAGCAACAAAGAUAGGGGUAACUCAUCUUCCCAACCUCAAAGAAAUCGUGACAUCAAAUGUUUUCGUUGUUUAGGAUCAGGUCAUAUUGCUUCUCAAUGCCCAAACAAGCGAUCAAUGAUCAUAUUGGAUAAUGGGGAGAUCGAAACUGAAGAGGAAGAUGAAGGAAAUGGGUCCACUCCAUCAGUUGAAGAUACUAGUGAUGUUGAGCUUGUUGUUGAUGGCCAAGCUCUUGUUGUGCUAAGAGCUCUCCAUAUGCAAGCCAAAGAAAACGAUGAUGGGCUACAAAGGGAGAACAUCUUCUACACCCGCUGCCAUGUGAAAGAUCGGGUAUGUGGUUUGAUUAUUGAUGGUGGCAGCUGUGUUAAUGUGGAAAGCAAGUUAAUGGUGGACAAGCUUGGUCUACCUACCUUGAAGCAUCCAAAGCCAUAUAAACUCCAAUGGCUCAAUGACAGUGGAGAAAUGAAGGUAACCAAGCAAGUCCUUAUUUCAUUUACGAUUGGAAGGUACACGGAUGAUGUUCUGUGUGAUGUUGUACCCAUGCAAGCUAGCCAUUUGCUUCUUGGAAGACCAUGGCAACUUGACAGACAGACCACACAUGAUGGGUAUAAGAAUCGCUACAGCUUCAGCAAGGAUGGUAGGAACAUUACACUUGCACCUUUGACACCUCGUCAAGAUUUUAAGGAUGUCUUUUCUGAGGAUACGCCACCUGGGUUACCACCCAAAAGAGGAAUCGAGCAUCAGAUUGAUCUCAUUCUGGGAGCUUCCAUUCCAAACCGACCAGCUUAUCGAAGUAGUCCAGAAGAGACCAAAGAGCUUCAAAGGCAAGUCGAAGAACUUAUGACCAAAGGACAUGUUCGUGAAAGCAUGAGUCCCUGUGCUGUGCCUGUGCUGCUGGUUCUAAAGAAAGACGGGACUUGGAGGAUGUGCGUGAUUGUCGAGCUGUAA